CUCUCUGUAAGCUCAGGCGGAGGUCCCGCCGGUGUGUGUUGCUGUCGCGCCGUCCGCCGUUCACGUGGGUAGAGAGAGUGGAGGACUCCGCUCGCGCUAUGGACGCCGUUCACUCCUGUUUUAAAGACAAACUGGGCCAGGCCGUUUUACCCGGAGACGUGUUUUCGUUUGCCGUGUCGGCUGUGGAGGACAGCGCGGUGAGAGCUGAGAAGGUGAUCUGCGGGCCCGGACUGCGGCGGAACGGAGACGAAAUCCUGGUGUGCAAAAGUGGCAUUCUCCGCCAUAAAGCACCAAACCUGUACUGGAUAGACUCGCAGCAGAAACGGUAUGUUCCAGUGAAGGGGGAAAGUGUGAUUGGUAUCGUGACCGCAAAGUCUGGAGACAUCUUUAAAGUGGACGUUGGAAGCAGUGAGCAGGCGUCCUUAUCCUACUUAGCGUUUGAAGGAGCCACCAAGAGGAACAGACCCAAUGUGCAGGUGGGAGAUCUGGUCUACUCACAGUUCAUUAUUGCCAACAAAGAUAUGGAGCCGGAGCUGGUGUGUAUAGACAGCUGUGGACGGGCCAAUGGGAUGGGAGUCUUUGGAGCAGAUGGGCUUCUUUUCAAGGUUUCUCUGGGAUUAGUGCGCAGACUACUUGUUCCUCAGAGCGAGAUAGUGAAGGACCUUGAGAAGAUUUUCCCAUUUGAGAUGGUGGUGGGUAUGAAUGGCAGGGUUUGGGUGAAGGCCAAGACUGUUCAGCAGACACUGAUUGUGGCCAAUCUGCUGGAUAGCUGUGAGAACAUGACCGCUCAGCAGAGGCAGACGCUCUUCAAGAGGGUGGCGGAGGGCUCCCUCUAGUGGAUCUAGUGAUGUUCUCAGGUGUGAUUCUUGAGGGCUGCUCACAGUGCAGCUCUUUACGAUACAAAACUGUUUCUGAGAGACCUUAGCCUGAAUUUACUUCCUCAGGUAUGACUUACAGCAGUGUAUGCAACUCUUCUGAGAGUUAAACAUUCAAGUAGGACUCCGAAAUGGACUGCAGGUCUGUAUUGUUCAUGCUGGGGACCAUAUUCUUUUAGUACUCUAUGAGCAGAGUUUUUCUCUGGGUGUCUUGAAGCAAUAUUUUUGUAUAAUAAAUACAUUUUGGAUUAUAAAGGAUGCACAAGUCUCAAUCAUUAACUGUUUACCUAAUGCCUGUAAGGGAAACCAUGAAAAGCAGACUUGCCACUUGGGGCAGUUUGAUGGGCUCAUAGUUAAAGCAUACAGUAUAGUUAAAGGGGAAGUCCAAUUUUUUUUGUUUGUUUGUUUUUUGCUGAAACCUGUCAGCAAGAUGUAAAGAAUGCUACUUAGACUGGCUUUGAAUGACAAGGUGCAAGAGAAAGGUGUAGACUCAGAGACUCGUCUAUAAAGAAACUCGUAUAUACAGAUAUCUUCUGUAUAGUGGUGUUUAUAGGAGCAACCAAAAACUCAUAUAUACACAAAUAUAGCCAUCUUAUUGACUAUGUAAAACAGCUGCCUAUACGGUCACACGGAAUAGCACAGCAAACAAUACACCACCAUUAGAAAUGCAUUAAUUAAUAUAAUAUGUGUAGUAUGGUAGUAUGUGAUUUUGGACGCAGCAACACAGUGACCAGUUUUUAAGUAAUGUUUGUAAACAUUACUUUCUGCCAGGUCUGUGUCUCAGGACUCAUGUGACAUAUUCAAAAGCAUUUCAUGUAUAAACUUUGUAAUGUAGCUUUUAGAGGCUUUAUCCUCUUCAGACUCUGGUUCCUGUCACCACCACUGUGAACAAGUCUGACUCUAAGUUUCUCUAGAAUGUAGUGUUUUACAUCAGACCACUCAGAAUGACUUUAUUUACAUUUUCUUUAUUUAAAUAUGCAGCAAAAUGAAAAAAAAAUCCAUCACACGAUCACUUGAGACAAAAACCCACUUUGUUCUAGCCCUGAAUGUGGGGGUACUGAAACACCAUACAUACCUGGCUUAGGAAAGAUCAGUGUAUACACGUCUAAGAUCAGUCUUGUACAGAUUUAUAAUCCAUAAUAGAGCAGAUUAGAAGCGUCUCAGACAGAAAACUACAAGGUGAGAAUACAAAACUAUCACACGGCAAAAAGAGCAAGAGAAAUCAUUCCCUCCCCCCUUGAAGCCCAAAUGUUUGGAGUUUUUAAUGAUAAAAAGGAAGUAUGUAUAGAUGUACAUCACUGUUGGAAUAAACCCUUUACUGACCAGUUCUUGAUUAACGAAAUCAAUAGAAAUGGUCUGAAUUGUGUCGCUACACUGACUUACAUUAACAGGAAAGUUACUGUUUCUGAGAUUUUAUUCUGAAAGCUGUUCUCACAGUGAAGGUGUAUUCACUACCAUGCAACACCUGAGGUUACAAAGCAUUUGUUGGAGCCAUUGAAAAACAAGAAAUGUAUAUAUUUACAGAUACAUUUUGCUGUGAAUAAUGCCAGAAUGCCUGAAAAGACUAAAGGGUCAAGAGAUGUUCUGAUAAAAAUCCAUAAUGUUGUAAAUUUGCUAGGUGUGGUCCAAUUUAGUCAGAUUUGCAGGGAAUUGGUUAAGUAGGUAUAGUGACAUAGAUACAGUAAAUUACUUUAAUACUUAUAUCAUUUUUUCUUUGGACAAUUAAAUAAAAUGUCUGAAAUGCCUAUUGGUGUUGUAUGCUGUUAUGUUUAAUCUUUUUCCAAUGCGUUAUACUCAGAAAAUACAUGGAAAUUGUGCACCAAAAUGGGCAGAAAAUGCCAUAUUUCGGUUUGUUUCCUAUAAAAGAUGUGUACUCAUUUUCACUAAAUUUGUAAUUUGACAAGGGCUGUUCAACAUUAUGCAUAAACAUACAUGGGAAGUUAUUGAAUAAAGAAUAAAACUGUUGAUGACAUUUGACCACUAGCGCAUAAUACAUUAUUUUUUUUUAUUCUAUUUUCCAAGAAUUGAUGUUCAUUUUUACAAUUAUUGCUUUUUUUAGUGUAUUUAAAUUCACACUUUUCCUGUUUAUCGCCUAUUUAAUGAUAUUGCUACACCAUGGGGUCUGAGGGGGUUCAGUACACUGUGUGUCCUGUACAUAUUGUAGUACUGAGAAUAAAGCUGACUUGACUUGA